UGGUGAUAUAACCCCCUCUCCAGCUUGGGCACAGGACAGUCUGGGAACGGCUCCAUCCCCACCCCUCAGAUAUAAAUAGGGCCUCAGUGGCCCAGCCAGAGGAAGAGGCCACCCUUCUCGUGGGGACUGAAGCAGAAGGUGCGAGGAAGCGAGCUCCCCCAUCAGAGAUGACUCUUGCCAGCGUGAGCCUGAGGGCCGCCGUCCUUUGUCUCCUGGCCUGCGCUGGCCUGGCUGCUGGAGACCGGGUGUACAUACACCCCUUCCACAUGCUCGUCUACAGCAAGAGCAGCUGUGACCAGCUGGAGAAGCCCACGGCAGAGACGCCCAAGGACCCGACCUUCACACCUGCCCCGAUUCAGGCCAAGACGUCCCCAGUGGACGAGGAGGCCCUGUGGAGACAGCUGGUGCUGGCCGCCCAGAAGCUCGACGGUGAAGACAGGACGAGGGCUGCCGUGCUGGGGAUGCUGGUCAACUUCAUGGGUUUCCGCAUGUACAAGACGCUGAGCGAGACGUGGAGCGCAGCCACAGGCGCCGUGCUCUCCCCACCGGCUCUCUUUGGCACCCUGGCCUCCUUCUACCUAGGAGCCUUGGACCCCACGGCCAACGGACUGCAGGCGUUCCUGGGCGUGCCCGGGGAGGAUCAGAGCUGCACCUCCCGGCUGGAUGGUCACAAGGUCCUCUCUACCCUGCAGACCAUCCAGGGCCUGCUGGUGGCCCAGGGCGGAGCGAGCCGCCAGCCCAAACUGCUCCUGUCCACGGUGGUGGGCCUGUUCACUGCCCCCGGCCUGCGCCUGAAGCAGUCGUUUGUGCAGGGCCUGGCUCCCUUCGCCCCCGUCACCCUCCCGCGCUCUCUAGACUUGUCCACGGACCCAGAUCUCGCUGUGGAGAAGAUCACCAGGUUCAUGCAGGCUGUGACGGGGUGGGAAAUGAACAGCCCCCCGACGGGGGUCAGCCCAGACAGCACCCUGCUCUUCCACACCUACGUCCACUUCCAAGGGCAAAUGAAGGGCUUCUCCCUGCUCGCGGGGCUCCGGGAAUUCUGGGUGGACAACACCACAUCUGUGUCCGUCCCCAUGCUCUCGGGCACGGGCACCUUCCAGCACUGGAGCGACCCCCAGAACAACCUGUCCAUGACCCGGGUGGACCUCAGCGAGAACGCCUGCCUGCUGCUGAUCCAGCCCCACAGCCCCUCAGACCUGCGGGAGGUGGAAGCCCUCACCUUCCAGCACGACUUCCUGAUGUGGACAAAGAAGCUGUCUCCCCAGACCAUCCGCCUGACCUUGCCCCAGCUGGUGCUGCGAGGCUCCUACGACCUGCAGGACCUGCUAGCCCAGGCCAAGCUGCCCACCUUGCUGGGUGCCGAGGCGAACCUGGGCAAAAUCAGCGAUGCCAACCUCAGCGUCGGACAGGUGCUCAACAGCAUCCUAUUUGAACUCAAAGCCGCGGAGGGGCAGCAGCCCAGAGAGCCCGCCCAGCAGCCGGCCGGACCCGAGGCCUUGGAGGUGACCCUCAACAGCCCAUUCCUGUUUGCCGUCUGUGAGCGAGACUCCACCGCCCUCCACUUCCUGGGCCGUGUGGACAGCCCCCUGAGCGUGGCGUAAGGCCGGCCACCACGGCGCGGCCGCAGCACACGGCAUCGCCCAAUGGUCACCACUGUCUCCCACUUGUUCUUCAGAUGAGGAGCGGGAAAGAAGCCGGUUCUCCUGGGUCAGCGGGGCUGUGUAUAAUGAGAGGUAGAAGCCGGCCUCGGGGGCCGUGGGGGGCACUAAGGACCAGCCGUUAGUACAGGACGACUGUUCUGGAAAGAGUUUGCAGGGACAGUGUGUCUGUGAAACCAACAAUUGUUUCCUUUUUAAUUGAGAGCAGACAUUGGGUUUUAAAUUAAAAUACACACUUUUCAUUGCCCUGGGUUUAUAUUUAGCUUAUUGAAUGUGAACCUGUCAGCUGCAUGCAGUCUCCACCACCUCGGAGUUCUUCCUGCUUUCUCACUAUUUCUUUCCCAUGAUACUUGUGAUUUUUGAAAAACACUAGAAUCUGAAUGUAUGUUAGGAUGUAAUAAAUAUCACGUCUGAUUAUCCUGUGUUAUUAAUAAAUGUCUUGCAACAAAAA